CUGAGUGGUUUUCAUCACAAAAGCUGAGUCAAAGGGUGAUGGAGGGGAGGGGGGUGAGUCAUGUGUGACAGGUAGAAAUGAAAACAUAGUGGCUGGGGCAGGUCUAUUUCCUGGAGAUGUUCAUCUUAUAAAAGCCAAGCGGGCCCUUGCCUUCACACCAGACCCGAGCAACCAGGCAGACUCUUCUUCUCUGUGUACAAGAACCAGCCACUGUUGAAGCAUGAGCUCCCAGCAGCAGAAACAGCCCUGCACUGUACCUCCUCAGCUGCAGCAGCAGCAGGUGAAACAGCCUUGCCAGCCUCCACCCCAGCAGCCAUGCGCCCCCAAGGAGCCCUGCCACCCUGUUGUUCCUGAGCCCUGCCCUUCCAAGGCUCCUGAGCCCUGCAACCCAGUUGUUCCUGAGCCCUGCCACCCCAAGGCACCUGAACCCUGCCACCACAAGGCGCCUGAGCCCUGCCAUCCCAAGGCACCUGAGCCCUGCCACCCCAAAGCACCUGAGCCCUGCCACCCCAAGGCGCCUGAGCCCUGCCACCCCAAGAUGCCUGAGCCCUGCCACCCCAAGGCUCCUGAGCCCUGCCAUCCCAAGGCACCUGAGCCCUGCCACCCCAAGGUGCCUGAGCCCUGCCCCUCAACAGUCACUCCAGCACCAGCUCAGCAGAAGAUAAAGCAGAAGUAACAUCUGCAGCCACGCCCUUGAAGAGCCGAUUGCCAGAUGCUGAGCCUUCUUCCUCUUAAAUCCCACGUGGCCGCUUGAUCUUGAAAUUAGCAUGCUGUCACUGAGUCAUAAUCCUUCUCCCUUUGCAUCCCUUCAAAAGAUAUCCCUGAUACUCAUUCAGGUGUCUUCCUGAGCCUCUAAAUAUGGAUGAAAGGCUCACUGAGUGAGCUAG